AUGACAGGCUUGCUUUCUGGACUCCUCAUGUUUUCAAGGGCUUCUGGCGCAUGGGGUGUGACCUGCAACUCCGGUUCAAGCACCAAUUACACUGGCAGCGAUUGCGGAACCAUGAGUGGCUCAGAGGCCUUCACAGCAGUUCAGUGCUCAGGCAAUUGCUAUACAGAAUCAAUGAAGCAAGGGAUAACACCCAACGGUGUUUGUGAUGUGAUCUUUGUGACUGCUGGUUGCGUGCAAAAUGGCUCUAAAGACUGUGCGACUCUGCAAGCCACUUAUAAUGCCAUGGAUCCAAGCGCAGGAAAUUAUGGUUUUGCUUGUGAAGAGUGUUCCUCAGACAGCUGCAAUCCUACGACCCCAUUGUCAACAACCAUCUCAGCAACGGCGUCUGAUGCACAACCUUUGAGUAUGGCUGUGAUUCCAUCGUUUUGUUUGUUUCACCUUGCGCGAGCAUUCAAUCUGUGA